AUGAGGAGGCGGGACCUGGAGUGCCGUCCAAUCGAGGCCGCUGGGGUGGGGCUUGUCUGCGCUGCAGCGAAUCCGGAAGGACAGGGCUGCUUCCGGUGGGGAAUUGUCUGUUCUCAGAUUCUGGUGUCAAGAAUGACCAGCCUUACUGAAAGCAAGGUACUGUUGGAACUCAGGGAUGUGGCCAUAGAAUUCUCUCCAGAGGAGUGGAAAUACCUGGACCCUGCUCAACAGAAUUUGUAUAGGGAAGUGAUGUUAGAGAACUACAGCAACCUGGUCUUUCUGGCACUACAUAUUAAAGAAUGCAACACACAGUCUUUGGAAAGCCCCAGAGAAACCCAAGCUAUUGGAUGUAGUGCUGGAUUAACUGUUCAGUCAAAUAUAUCUGAAGACCAGAGAUUUACAAUUGAAGAGAAUAUUUCUACAUGUGGUCAAUUUGAUGGGUCCUUUGUAAAAAGUUUAGAAUUCUUUCAACAACAUAUAAUACCAUUUUGUGACAAAAUAUAUGACUGUAAUCAAUAUGGUAAGGUUUUUACCCAAUCAUCAUUGCUUAAUCAAUAUCAGGAAAUUGAUAAUUCAGGAGAACAUUACAUAUUCAAUAAGGCUUUGAUGUCUAUUAUCCAGGAAUGUUCUCUAAAUAAUUACCAAGAUAUUUAUAUUGACAAGGGAAAUGAUCAAUGUGAUGAACCUGAUAAAACCUUGUACCAAGACUCUUGUUCAAGAAAACAUCAGAAAUGUCAGUAUGCAGAGAGCCCAUGCAAAGGCAAAAAAUGUGGGAAAGUCUUUAAUCAAGGUUUAAAGUUUUUUAGCAAUGAGAAUGGCCAUAUUCAAGGAUAUUGUCACAAAUGUAAUGAAUGUGUAGAAGAUUUUACACAUUCAGGGGAACAUUCUCAAAAUCAGGGAAUUCAUAUUAGAGAAAACUCAUCCAUAUGUAAAAAAUGUGGGAAAGUUUUUAGUCACUCAUCUAAUCUAAGAAAACAUAACAUACUCCAUAAUGAAGAAAAUCUUUGCAAAUACAAAGAAUGUGGCAAAACCAUUAAUCAGCGUCCACAGCUUCAAGAACAUCAGAAAAUUUAUACUUCAGAAAGACCAUACAAAUGUAAAAGAAAUAAUAAAUUAUUUACUCAUUCCUCAAAUCUUACUGUACAUCAAAAAAUUCAUACUGGAGUGAAACCCUACAUAUGUAAAGAAUGUGACAAAGCCUUUUCUAGUUGUUCACACCUUAAUCGACAUCAAAAAAUUCAUACUGGAGUGAAACCCUACAAAUGUAAAAUAUGUGGCAAAGCCUUUUACUAUAGUUCAGACCUUACUCAGCAUCAGAGAAUACAUACUGGAGUGAAACCCUACACAUGUAAAGAAUGUGGCAAAGUCUUUUCCUAUGGUUCACACCUUACUCAGCAUCAGAGAAUUCAUAUUGGAGUGAAACCCUACAAAUGUAAAAAAUGUAGUAAGGCCUUUUGCCGUAGUUCAGACCUUACUCGGCAUCAGAAAAUUCAUACUGGCGUGAAACCCUACCAAUGUAAAGAAUGUGGCAAAGUGUUUUCCCGUGGUUCACACCUUACUCGGCAUCAGAGAAUUCAUACUGGAGUGAAACCCUACAAAUGUAAAGAAUGUGGCAAAGCCUUUUUCCGUGGGUCACAGCUUACUCAGCAUCAGAAAAAUCAUAACAGAGUGAAACCCGUACAAAUCUAAAAAAUGUGGCAAAUCCCUUUAGUCCAUACCCUACUCAGCAUCAGAGAACUGAUAAUGGAGUGAAAACCUACAAAUGUUAUGAGUGUUGUAAAUCCUUUGCUCAGUCUUCAAACCAUAGAAAACAUCAAAAAUAUUAUAUUAGAGUGAAGCCCUGCAAAUGUAAAGACUGUCUCAGAUCAUAUGCCUAGGCUUCAGACCUUCAAAAACAUGAAAAUAAUUGAUACUGAAGAGAAACCCUACUAAUGGAAAGAAUUUGACAAAACCUUUUACUAUAUUGCACACCUUGCUUGACAUCUAAGAAUUCAUACAGGCUUGGUGUCUGCGGCACAGUGGUUAUGGUGCCAGCCACAUGCACCAAUGCUGGCAGGUUCAAGCCUAGCCCGGGCCAGCUAAACAACAAUGACAACUGCAACAAGAAAUAGCCAAAUGCUGUGGCGGGUGCCUAUAGUCCCAGCUACUUGGCAGGCUGAGGCAAGAGAAUCGCUUAAGUCCAAGAGUUUGAGGUUGCUGUGAGCUGUGACGCCAUGGCACUCUAUCCAGGGCAACAUAGUGAAACUGUCUCAAAGAAAAAGACAAAAAGAAUUCCUAGUACAAAAACGAUAUAGAUGUAAUAUUUGUCAAAACCCUUUUACCUAAAAUACAGAGUGUGUCAGAAAAUGUAUGUACAUUUUAAGAGAGGAGAAAAAGGCAGGGCAUGGUGGCUCAUACCUGUAAUCCUGGCACUAUCUGAGGCUGAGGGAAAUGGAUUAUUUGAACUCAGGAGUUUGAGAUCAGCCUCAGCAAAAGUGAGACCCUGUCUCUAUUAAAAAUAGAAAAAUUUAGCUGGGCAUUGUGGUGGGCACCUUUAGUCCAGCUACUCGGGAGGCUGAGGCAAGAGAAUCAGCUAAGCCCAGGAGUUGGAGGUUGCUGUGAGUAGUGUGAUGCCAUGGUCCUCUAGUGAGGGCAAUAAAGUGAGACUCUGUCUCUACAAAAAACAAAAUAAAUAAAAAUAGAAAAAUUAUCCAAGUGUCAUGGCAGGCAACUGUAGUCUCAGGUACUUGGGAGUCUGAUGUAAGAGGAUUGCUCAAGCCCAAGAGUUUGAGGCUCCUGUGAGCUAUGACUCCUGGGUACUUUACCCAGGGUGACAAACUUUCUCCAAAAAAAGAGGGGAAAAAAGGUAGGAACAAACUAUUAAAAUUGUAAUACACAAGUCACAUUUCAUUUCCACAACUACAAGAGAUACAAGAUAACAAUAGUUACUGGUAUAUAUUGAGUAUUACAAUUUUAAUAAUUUUUUCCUUUCUUAAAACCUGUGCACAUUUUGUAACCCUCUAUACAAAUUAUAUGUCAUAGAGUUCAUAAGAAAAUAAACUUUAUGGUGUAAUAAAUAUGGGGAAGUAUAGGAUAAUAACAUACGUCUGUGUGCAUCAGGUAAUUCACAUAAGUAAAAACUAAAGCAUACUUUCAGAUUUUACACUAACCCAGUGUAUAUAUUGUAGAAAAUUAUGCAGUCAAAGCAAUUAGAUAAUUUAUUUGAGUGUAUUUUUUAAAAGAGCAACAACAUCGAAGUUUGAACAGGUAUAAUCUAUUCUGUAUGCAUUUUGAAUAGAUAGAACUUUAAUUUUUUUUUCUUUUUUCAUUUUUUUUUUUUUUUUUUUUUUUUUGGUAGAGACAGAGUCUCACUUUAUUGCCCUUGGUAGAGUGCUGUUGCGUCACAGCUUACAGUAACCUCCAACUCCUGGGCUUAGGUGAUUCUCUUGCCUCAGCCUCUGGAGUAGCUGGGACUACAGGUGCCUGCCACAAUGCCUGGCUA